AACAUCAGGAACACAGAGAAGCUGAGCUUUGAUAAGCAGCAACAGUAUGAGGUCCUGGUCAAAGCCUUCGACUGCGGACAGAAGAGAUCCACAGAGAGCGUGGCGGUACACAUCGACGUCAAACCUGUCUGCAAACCUGGCUGGCAAGGUGAUUAGUACUAGGAGGGCUGAACCGUGGGAGGUGUACAUAGGGUCUGUCUCUGUGUCUUUCUGUGUCUCGAUGAAUGCCUUUGAUUCAGUUUGCACCUCUUAAAAUCUGCCAGCGACGAUCAGUAUCACUGUCUUUUGAAGUAUAUUUCUGUGGGUGGGGUUGUGAUGGGUAUAGGACUCUCGCUCUCUCUAUCUAUGAGAGAGAGAGAGAUAUCUAGUCUCUACUCGCUCCUCGAGAGCUCUCAGAGAGCUCUCGCUCUGAGCUAUAGAUCGCUCGAUCUCGGCGAUAAUCUGUAUCUAUCUCUCUCUACUCCUCUCUCUUCUCUCUGUCUCUCGCUGUCUGCUCUCGGCUAUUUCGUCUGCUCUCGAUCUCUCUCUCUAUCUCUCUCUCGCUCUCUCGCUCUCUCGACUCUCUCUCUCUCUCUUCUCUCUCUCUCUCUAUCUCUCUCUCUCUCUCUCUCUCUCUCUCUCUCUCUCUGUCUCUCUCUCACUCCUUUGGGAAAGGCCUGUCAAAUAGCUGCUGUAAUCAACACAGCUGACACAGCUCUUAACACCUGCUCAGGAAUAUCACAAUACAGGCUACAGAAAUACAACAACAAGUGUUCACAGCAUUCAUUCAAGUAUAAACAGGAUUCCCAACUUCUAAGAACUUACAGAAAUAGACACACACACACACUCAGACACACACACACACACACACACACACACACACACACACAAACAGAGAGAGCACAUAGAGCACGGAGGCCAGGAGUCAUGUUAUGCAGGGUGACAUUAGCCGCUCUCCCACGGCUCACAGCUAAUCCUCUCUUUGAAAACAGUUUGCUUUUUGUAUUUUGCAAAUUAGGAUUUUAGACGUUUCACUAUAGGAAGAAACUUCACCCCCUCACUCCCCUCUGUGAGAGGACUCUUAUCCCUCUAGGCAGUGUCGAGAGGGUGCCGGUGAUGGAAGAGGCAAGGGGGAGGAACAUUUCAUGGUCAGAGAUUAAAGGACAUGUCAUACCGCCAGUCUCCUACACUCUUAGAAAAAAGGAGCUAUCUAGAACCUAAAAGGGUUCUUCGGCUGUCCCCGUAAGAUAACCAUUUGAAGAUCCCUGUUUGGUUCCAGGUAGAAAUAGUUUGGGUUCCAUGUAGAACCCUUUCCACAGAGGGUUCCACCCGGAAGCCAAAAAUGGUUCUCCUAUGGGGACAGCCAAAGAACCCUAUUGGAACAAUUUUUUCCAAGAGUGUACUACAACAACAAUGUCAUAUUGCUGUAGUCCCCUUGUCAAUCUGUGAUGCUUAUACAUCUCUCCAAGGCCCUUGUUCAAUCUGUCAGACACACUGACAAAAACAAUAACAUGUCCUUAAGAGAGGAGAAGAGAGAGAGAAAAAUAUUGUAUUGAAGAGGGAGGAGGAGGAAGUACUGCCAGCCUAAAGCACAAUCAGAAGUUCUACCUUUUUAAACAUCCCCUCGUCUCCACUUUUUCUCUCCCUCUCGUUCUUCCUGGUAGAUCUCUCCGUGUUGGAGAAGUAGGGCUAACACACAAACAAACACACACAAAUGCACACACACAAAUACACACACACACAUCUCCCUCUCCAGACAACCACGUUUGUUUUCUAUUACAGCUGCUGUUUUCACUUCUCACCUAGUCCCUCUCUCCAUUCCUCCAUCCCCCCAUCUCUCUCCCUCUCUAGUCAGAGUCACAGAAACAGCAAGGCUUAACAUGGGUCCUUAACAUCUAGUUAUCAUCCAUAAAUAGACCAUGUGACCCUGCGUGCAUGUGUGUACGUCUGUAUUUGUGUGUGAGAGAGAAGAGAACUUCCUGCGCAGGUGUCUGUGUGAGAUAGAUUACAAGCUCUUUUUUGCUGUGUGUACGCACAUCUGAACGUUCACAUCAUUACCAUGCCUGUCUGUCUGUCUGUCUGUCUGUCUGUCUGUCUGUCUGUCUGUCUGUCUGUCUGUCUGUCUGUCUGUCUGUCUGUCUGUCUGUCUGUCUGUCUGUCUGUCUUCCCAAUAAUGACAGAUGUCCUAGUCCCUGUACACCACUGAAAGAUGUCCCAGACACCACAGGCACCACUGACAGCAGAUCACAUUGUAGACACACACCAAAACACAUCUGCAUAUUCAGCCAAAACCCUUGCUUAAUCCUCAACCUUUGUUGUAGUGGCUGUUUGCUCUAAGCUUUGCUGCACGCUUCCCCAUCAGCCAUGCUUUAUAAAACUGGGAUUAACUUCUGAUUCUGCCCUCUUCACCACAAAAUUAAACCUGACCCUACAAGUGCUGCAUAAUAAAUCAAGGCGAUGAGUGGUCAUAUUUGUUCCCCAUCUUCAAAGCUAUGAAAUAAUGAUGAGGAUGUAUUCAGCAAUGAUAAUAACAUGGAAGGGAAAAUUAGGACAAUUGUGUCCGUUGAUUGCUGUUAAUUGUAGGAUUUCAAAUGAUUGCUUUAGGUGUUAAAAUUGUAUUUUGUCCGGAAUCUCGCAAACACAGUUGUCUACUUGAGGCGAGUGCGAGCUAGGGUAGUUCGUUUCACGUCUCAUGCCCUGAGAAAGUGGUGAAUGUGCUGCUAAAAAGGCAAAUCCCGGGGAGGCAGGAGAAUAUAACAAACAAACAGGCAGGCACGAUUAGAACUCAGUCAGAUCAAGAAUGUAAGCGUUCUGAGCUUUGAUCAAUGCUGGGAGCAAUAUUUUGAUAUUUGAUAGAUUUUCUUUAUUGUGUACAAAAUACUGUAUUUUUUAAAACUCUUUUACUAUUUUCUACAUUGUAGAAUAAUAGUGAAGAUAUCAAAACUAUGAAAUAACACAUAUGGAAUCAUGUAGUAACCAAAAUAGUGUUAAACAAAUCAAAAUAUAUUUUAUAUUUGAGAUUCUUCAAAGUCGCCACCCUAUGCCUUGAUGACGGCUUUACAUUCUCUCAACCAGCUUCAUGAGGUAGUCACCUGGAAUGUUUUUCCAACAGUCUUGAAGGAGUUCCCACAUAUGCUGAGCACUUGUUGGCUGCUUUUCCUUCACUCUGCAGUCCAACUCAACUCAAACCAUCUCAAUUGUUUUGAGGUUGGGUGAUUGGGGAGGCCAGGUCAUCUGAUGCAGCACUCCAUCACUCUCCUUCUUGGUCAAAUAGCCCUUACACAAAAUAUUAUUUUCUACAUUGUAGAAAAAUAGUGAGGACAUCAAAACUAUGAAAUAACACAUACAGUGAGGGAAAAAAAAGUAUUUAAUCCCCUGCUGAUUUUGUACAUUUGCCCACUGACAAAGAAAUGAUCAGUCUAUAAUUUUAAUGGUAGGUUUAUUUGAACAGUGAGAGAUAGAAUAACAACAAAAAAAUCUAGAAAAACGCAUGUCAAAAAUGUUAUAAAUUGAUUUGCAUUUUAAUGAGGGAAAUAAGUAUUUGACCCCUCUGCAAAAACAUGACUUAGCACUUGGUGGCAAAACCCUUGUUGGCAAUCUCAGAGGUCAGACGUUUCUUGUAGUUGGCCACCAGGUUUGCACACAUCUCAGGAGGGAUUCUGUCCCACUCCUCUUUGCAGAUCUUCUCCAAGUCAUUAAGGUUUCGAGGCUGACGUUUGGCAACUCGAACCUUCAGCUCCCUCCACAUAUUUUCUAUGGGAUUAAGGUCUUGAGACUGGCUAGGCCAUUCCAGGACCUUAAUGUGCUUCUUCUUGAGCCACUCCUUUGUUGCUUUGGCCAUGUGUUUUGGGUCAUUGUCAUGCUGGAAUACCCAUCCACGACCCAUUUUCAAUGCCCUGGCUGAGGGAAGGAGGUUCUCACCCAAGAUUUGACGGUACAUGGCCCCGUACAUCGUCCUUUUGAUGCGGUGAAGUUGUCCUGUCCCCUUAGCAGAAAAACAACCCCAAAGCAUAAUGUUUCCACCUCCAUGUUUGACGGUGGGGAUGGUGUUCUUGGGGUCAUAGGCAGCAUUCCUCCACCUCCAAACACAGCGAGUUGAGUUGAUGCCAAAGAGCUCCAUUUUGGUCUCAUCUGACCACAACACUUUCACCCAGUUCUCCUCUGAAUCAUUCAGAUGUUCAUUGGAAAACUUCAGACGGGCAUGUAUAUGUGCUUUCUUGAGCAGGGGGACCUUGCGGGCACUGCAGGAUUUCAGUCCUUCACGGUGUAGUGUGUUACCAAUUGUUUUCUUGGUGACCAUGGUCCCAGCUGCCUUGAGAUCAUUGACAAGAUCCUCCCGUGUAGUUCUGGGCUGAUUCCUCACCGUUCUCAUGAUCAUUGCAACUCCACGAGGUGAGAUCUUGCAUGGAGCCCCAGGCCGAGGGAGAUUGACAGUUCUUUUGUGUUUCUUCCAUUUGCGAAUAAUCGCACCAACUGUUGUCACCUUCUCACCAAGCUGCUUGGCGAUGGUCUUGUAGCCCAUUCCAGCCUUGUGUAGGUCUACAAUCUUGUCCCUGACAUCCUUGGAGAGCUCUUUGGUAUUGGCCAUGGUGGAGAGUUUGGAAUCUGAUUGAUUGAUUGCUUCUGUGGACAGGUGUCUUUUAUACAGGUAACAAACUGAGAUUAGGAGCACUCCCUUUAAGAGUGUGCUCCUAAUCUCAGCUCGUUACCUGUAUAAAAGACACCUGGGAGACAGACAUCUUUCUGAUUGAGAGGGGGUCAAAUACUUAUUUCCCUCAUUAAAAUGCAAAUCAAUUUUUAACAUUUUUGACAUGCGUUUUUCUUGAUUUUUUCAAAUAAACCUAACAUUAAAAUUAUAGACUGAUAAUUUCUUUGUCAGUGGGCAAACGUACAAAAAUCAAGCAGGGGAUCAAAUACUUUUUUCCCUCACUGUAUGGAAUCAUGUAGUAACCAAAAAAGUGUUAAAAAAAUCAAAAUAUAUUUUAUAUUUGAGAUUCUUCAAAUAGCCACCCUUUGCCUUGAUGACAGCUUUGCACACCCUCCCCAGUUAAGGUACACCAACCUCCUAUGCUCCGUAGUCACCUGGUCUCAGAGGUUGACUGAUUGUGAAGGAUGGAGGGAGAAAGGAUGGAAGAGGGGUUGACCUGGGUUCACCUCUUUCUGUCAGGGAGGUAUAUAAUGAAGUUUAGAUCAGAUCCAUAGGCACACACACACACACCAUCAAUCACAUUCACAUACUCACACACCUCUAAGAGUGAUUACAUUCUCAGAAUUCCAUCCCAGUCGUAGAUUUGAGUUUGUUCCAAGUUAAGAUUGUAGUUUCCGGUGAAGUGGUGCUCCAAGGUGAAACUGAUAGAGGAUAAUUACCAGUGUUGGGGAGUAGUGAACUACAUGUAGCUCAACUAGUAAUUUAACUACAUUUUGCAGUAGCUUGGUGGUAGUUGAACUAAAUUCAAAUCUAGAUAGUGUUUUUAGUAGUUAAUUACUUUUUGUUGCCAUGUAGUGGUGUAGCUAAAUAUUGGAACUACAGAAAAUGUUUUUUUGCUAAAAUAAAAAUGGUUGAAGUAGGCAAUAAUAUCCUUUCUUUUUGGGCAUCAGACCUGCCUAAUUCACACUUGAAACAUCAUUUUUAGUGUUUAAUAGGCUAAAUUACACAUUCUGUUAACCUACUGUAUGACCCCAAAGUGAUCUGUUCUUGUAAUUUGCAGUCAAGGGAAGGUUCUGCAGCAAGACCCGAUGUUGUCAUAGCACAGCUCUCUACUUAAACUUUGAAGAGAGAGUUUGAACAAUCAGAUCUAAGCUUACCAGAACCUGGAUAAUACCUUUAUAAUGUUAAGCUCUUAUGACUCGAGUGGUAUCAACAAAGAAAACACAGGAUGUAAAGGAAUGAAUCAGUGAAUCAGGUGUUAAUGUUUUACUGAAGAGCAGCUUAUUGUCUAAAGGUUUUACUCAGUGUUUUGAUGGCUAAAACAUUAUGUCUCGUUUUACUUUUGUCUUUAACUUUGGGUUGGUUUCUAGGGCCCAACUUUCCCAUUGAUAGCUUUUUGUCAAGCAACCAAUGCUAAGAGCAAUUCCUCCACUCAAGAACAAAAAGAGGACACUUUUUAAAAGAACAUCACCAAUGACACGAAAGCUUCAACAUAAAGGCUUGAAGGCAGAGCGAGAGCGAUGGAGGCAGAGGUAUGAAGGAGAAGAUGGAGAGAGAGAGAGAGUGCUCUCUAAAAUAGAAAGAUGGAUGGUGGCUGAGUGGAUGGAGGUAAAAAGGAGAGGAGAAGAGAGGAGAGACAAGGAGCUAGAGGACAGGAUAAAGAGGGAGAGAGUGCUCUUUAAAAUGGAAAUUCUAUUGGGCUGAUGGAAGGACUAGGUUGAGGAGACUUACGAUAAUGAUGGUCCCUGACAUACUCAAACACACUGUCAACAUUCCUACAACAUUCCUACACGCACACACAAACACACACACACACUCACACACUCACACACUGACCCACACACUGACAAACACAGUCACUCUGACAUUACUGGUAACACUAUAACUUUAGAUUUUUAUCCCGGUACAUGAAACCAUAAGCGAAAAAGUAGUUUUUGUGUGUACUAUGUCAUCACGCACUGAGUUUUGUCCACAACAAAUAAGUCAGUUUGGUGGAAAUGCACAUCUUUUCUUUAUGUGGAUUUUAGAACAUUUGCAUGAAAAUCUGUAACCAAUUGGAUGGAAAUGUAGCUACAGUGACACAUAAUCUGCCUCAAAAAAUUUAUAAUUUAAUCUCUUUAUUUUUUCAAAAUAAAAUUUUUUUUUUAAAAAAUUUUUUUAUUUUUAAUUAAGAUUUUGAUUUUUUCCCAAAGUACCCUCAAACUUUUUUUAUUAAGAUUUCAAACCCCUUUUUUAAAAUUUUUUCCCCUUUUUUUUCCCCUUUUUCCCGGGGGCCCCCCCCCUUUUUUUCCCCCCUUUUUAAAAUGGGGCCCCCCAAAAAGUUUUUUUUUUUAAAAAAAGGUUUUAAAAAUUUUUUUUGGGGGGGGAAAAAAAUUUUUUUUUUUAAAAAAGAAUUUUUUUUCCUUUUUUAUUUAAAACCCCCGGGGGGGGAAAAGGGUCCCCCCCCCAAAACCCCCCCCAAAAAUUUUUUUCAAAACCCCCCCCCGAGCCCCCCCAAAAAACCCCCCUUUUUAAUUUUUGGGGGGGACAACCCCCGGGGGGACAAAGGGGGGGGGGGGGGGCCCCCCCCCCGGGGGGGAAAACCCCCCCCCAAAAGGGCCCCCCCCCGGGAAAAAAAAGGGGGGGAAACCCCCCCCCAAAACAAAAAAAGGGGGGGCCCCCCAAAGGACCCCCCCCGGGGGGGAAACCCCCCGGGGGGCCCAAAACCCCCCCCGGGGGGGGGCCCAAAAGGGGGGGGGGAAAAAGGAGGGGCCCCCCCGGGGGGCCCCCCCCAAAAAGGGGCCCCCCAAAAAAAGAAAAAGGGGGGGUGGGGAAACCCCCCCGAAAACCCCCCCCCACGGGAACCCCCCAAAAAAAAAUUUUAAGGGGGGGGGAAAAUUUUUUUUUUUUUAUGGGUUUUUUUUCCCCCCCAAUCGUUUUUUUCCCCCUUUUUUGGGGUUUUUAAAGGGGGCCCCCCCCCCCUUUUUUUUUUUUUCCCCCCCCGUGGAUUCUCCCCUUUUUUCCCUACGGGAUCUCUUCCCUUUUCUUAAGUAUCUUCUUUUCUCCUAAGAUAUCCCCUUCCUCUAAUCGCCCCAUUUAUUCCGCUCCCCUUUCUUCUAAGUACUUCUCACUCUUUCUCUCUAAAGUAUCUCUUCCCUUUCUCCACGGGACUCUUCCAAACCCGAAUAGGCCUCCUCGGGCCUCAAAGAAACUCUCUCCUCUUUUCUCUCACAGUACCCUCUCCCUCUUUGAAUACUUCACAAGAUCCUACAUUUCUCCUCUUUACUUUAAGUUUCCUCCCCACUUUUUCAAAACAGAUCUCUUCUUCCUCUUUUUCUACAGUAUCUCUCCAUCUUAUCUUAAGUAAUCUCGUUCUUCUUUUCUUUUAAAGAUCUCUCUCUCUCCCUUUUCUUUUACAGUAUAUCUUCCCUUUCUCUACAGUAUCUCUCUCUCCCUUUUCUCUCUACAGUAUCUCUCUCUCCCUCUUUUCUCUCUACAGUAUCUCUCUCUCCCUAUUUUCUCUCUACAGUAUCUCACUCUCCCUCCUCUCUUUUUCUUUUCUACAAUCCCUAGCCAUGGGAAAAAGAGGAACUGUGGGAAACAGAGGUGUGGUGCUUUGGAUAAGAAUGUAGAAGUAAUGCUAUAGUGAAUGCAGAGAAAGCACAUUGAGUAUUUAACAUCUAUGAGGGUAGUGAUUUCAGUGUAAAUCAUAAGGUAGGUACUACAGGUAACAACUAUAAGGUGUAUUACAGUGUAACAUCUAUAAGGUAGUGUAUUACAGUGUAACAUCUAUAAGGUAGUGUAUUACAGUGUAACAUCUAUAAGGUAGUGUAUUACAGUGUAACAUCUAUAAGGUAGUGUAUUACAGUGUAACAUCUAUAAGGUAGUGUAUUACAGUGUAACAUCUAUAAGGUAGUGUAUUACAGGGGUAACAUCAUAAGGUGGUGUAUUACAGUGUAAACAUCUAUAAGUAGUGAUUACAGUGUAACUCUUUUAAGGUAGUGUAUUACAGUGUAACAUUUUAAGGUAGUGUAUAUUAAGGGACAUCUAUUAAAGGGGUGUUAUACAAGUUGUAACAUCUAUAAGGUAGUGUAUUACAGUGUAACAUCUGUAAGGUAGUGCGUUACAGUGUAACAUCUAUAAGGUGGUGUAUUACAGUGUAACAUCCUUGUUUGUUUACUAUUCUUGUGGGGACUUCUGGUCCCUACAAGUAUAGUUAAACACAUGCACAUCCACACACACACACACACACACACACACAGUCACAUCCCACAGGUUUCCAAAUAAAAAGCUAAUAAAAUUGUAUUUGUCACGAGCGCCGAAUACAACAGGUGUAGACUUUACCGUGAAAUGCUUACUUACGAGCUUAUUUCCAACAAUGCAGAGUUAAAAAGUAUGAAAAUUAGCUAAUAAAACUAGAAAAUAGUAACAAUAAAUAACAAUAACGAGGCUAUAUACAAGGAGUACUGGUACCGAGCCAAUGUGCAGGGUUUCGAGGUAGAUGAGGUAAUAUGUACAUGUAGGUAAGGGUAAAAGUGACUAGGCAAUCAGGAUAGAUAAUAAACAGAGUAGCAACAGUGUAUGUGGAGAGUGUGUGUGUGUGUGUGUGUGUGUGUGUGUGUGUGUGUGUGUGUGUGUGUGUGUGUGUGUGUGUGGUGUGUGUGUGUGUGUGUGUGUGUGUGUGUGUGUGUGUGUGUGUGUGGUGUGUGUGUGUGCGUGCGUGUGUGUGUUGGAGUGUCAGUGUAAACAUGUAUGUAGAGUCCAGUCAGUGUCCAAUAGUCCGGGUCCAUUUCAUCCUGCUUCCUUCAUCUCCUCUCUCCCUCAGUGAGUCCUGCAGUGUGUAUACUGUGUUAAAGUAAGAGCUCUGCAAAGAUGGAAUAGCUUCUUAUUACUCACACUACCGCUAACAAUAUGAUUCGCAGUGUGUCUGUGUGUUUAUCUGUCUGUCUGUCUGUCUGUCUGUCUGUCUGUCUGUCUGUCUGUCUGUCUGUCUGUCUGUCUGUCUGUCUGUCUGUCUGUCUGUCUGUCUGUCUGUCUGUCUGUCUGUCUGUCUGUCUGUCUGUCUGUCUGUCUGUGUGUGUCUGUGUCUGUGUCUGUGUCUGUGUCUGUGUCUGUUUGUAUGUGUCUGUUUGUAUGUGUGUGUUUGUGUGAGUGUUUGUGUGAGUGUGUAUGUGUGUGUGUCUGUGUGUCUGUGUGUCUGUGUUUCUGUGUGUACGUGUUUUUUUUGUAGCACGGCGCGAGGCAGAGCGAGCAGCGGUGCCAUGCAGUGCCUCAUGAAUAGGAGUAAAUUAUUUAGCAGGGACACAAAUGGAACAGCUCAGUCACACAGAGUCCCUGCAGGGCCCCACAUUCACCGCCUUGCCAUCACUAACCUCAAUCAUCUUCUAUAUGAGUAUGGUAAUGUCGUAAUGAGUGUGUAUAUGAACCUUUAUGAGCAGGAAUAUGAACUUAUAUGAUAGUGCUGAGUGAUUAACUGAAAUUAACCGAGGUAUCUCUACCUGUAAAUACAUGAUCUAGGUGAUUGAUAGGCCUAGUUUGUAUUCAGAAGUCAUAAAAGUAUGCCUUAUUUUCUGUGAAGAACUACUAAAAUAUAGAUUUUUUUCUGACAGCAUAGGCAGCAGCUCUAUAGAGAUGAGAUGAUGACUUGGAAUGAAAUAAUAAUGUCCUCAAAUUAAACAAAGGUAAUAUACACAACAGCUGAAAUCUUUUUUUAAUAAUCUAACCGAAACCGAACCGACAUCAAAUAGCACUAAUCGCUCAGCACUACUAUGUGAGCAGGAAUAUGGGCUCUGAUGAGCCAAACGUGCCAAGUCAUUUUCUGAACUGAAAAAAAGCAAGAAAUGCAGACCACAACAAAACCACUGUAGCCCACAGCCCUGCAGGCAAUACUGAAGUAAAACAAAACUACAGCAGCUGUUGGUGGUGUGUAUUUGUGUAAACGAGUGCAAGGAGUGUGUGUGUGUGUGUGUGUGUGUGAGGAAGUGAACGUGGCAGAUUUAACAGUCCAGAGGCCAGCAAUUAGCUGUUUCCCUUCUUAUCCAGUCAGUGUUGCCUUCAGCUCUGGUUCAUGUUCAGACCUACCUGCCUGCUUCUUUCUGCCUGCCUCUCUCUUGCUGCCUGUUUCUCUUAGUUUCACACACUGCUGAAUAGACACUACAAAUGCACACACCGCACCACACACAGUAACACACACACACACACACACACAUGCACACGCACACACACACACACACACACACACACACACAGAAAUGCAGUGCAUCUCAAAAUACCCAAACUGAAAAACACACAAAUACACACACACACCAUAUUGUACACACAAAAGCAUGCAGCAACCAAGGUGACUAGAAAACACACAAACACACGCUGCACUGUGUGCGAGCUGGUCUGGCUGAACGCUCUCUACAUUACUGUCACAGUGAUUUAGUGAGCCCAGUACUGUACAGUGGAUAGCGCCAUUGAUUCACAUUAUUAGGCAUUUUAUUGACCGCAUAAAACUCUGAAAUGGGCUGUCACUUUUUUAUGGGGGACCUACAAGGCAGGAAUGGGCACAAAACCAUGCAUUGUGAAAAUCACAAGGAAAUCUGGAGCAACAAGUAGAAGUUAACAUGAUGUGAAACAAGAAUAGGUCAGGGCUUCAGACAAUGCAAUUUUCACCUGUUGUCCGGCUCGAGGGACCACAUAUUCACACCCAAGGCUCGCUCUUCUUUACUCUCUCUCUCAUUCUCUCUCAUUCUCUCUUUCAUUCUCUCUCAUUCUCUCUCUCUCAUUUGCUCUCAUUCUCUCUCUUUAUCUUUCUCAUUCUCUCUCUAUCUUUCUCUCAUUCUCUCUCUAUAUCUCUCUCUCAUUCUCUCUCUUUAUCUCUCUCUCUCAUUCUCUCUCUUGAUCUUUCUCUCAUUCUCUCUAUAUAUCUCUCCUCAUUCUCUCUCUUUAUCUCUCUCUCUCAUUCUCUCUCUUUAUCUCUCAAUUCAUCAACUUUCCCAUUCUAAGGUAUUCUUGGCAUGGGAAACGUAUGUUAAUGGCCGGCGCACAAAUUGGCCCAGCGUCGUCCAUGGUUAGGGUGAGGGCAUGGCCGGCAGGUAUCUGUUAGCUCUUUGAUAGCGCAUGGCGUUUGCAACGCCCGGUGUUGUGGGUUUGAUUCCCACGGGGGGCCAGUAUGAAAAAAAUAUAUACAUAUAUAUAUGUUUUCACUAACUGUAAGUCGCUCUGGAUAAGAGCGUCUGCUAAAUGACGUAAAUGUAAAUGUAAAUGUUAACAUUGCCAAAGCAAGUGAAGUAGAUAGUAAACUAAAGUGAAAUAAAAAUAAAUAUUAACAGUAAACAUUACACUCAGAGGUUUCAAAAGAAUAAAGACAUUUCAAAUGUCAUAUUAUGUAUAUAUACCGUGUUGUAACAAUGUGCAAAUAGUUAAAGUACAAAUGGGAAAAUAAAUAAACAUAAAUAUGGGUUGUAUUUACAAUGGUAUUUGUUCUUUACUGGUUGCCCUUUUCUUAUGGCAACAGGUCACAAAUCUUGCAGCUGUGAUGGCACACUGUUGAUUUUCACCCAGUAGAUAAGGGAGUUUAUCAAAAUUGGGUUUGUUUUCAAAUUCUUUGUGGAUCUCUGUAAUCUGAGGGAAAUAUGUGUCUCUAAUAUGGUCAUACAUUUGGCAGGAGGUUAGGAAAUGCAGCUCAGUUUCCACCUCAUUUUGUGGGCAGUGUGCAUAUAGCCUGUCUUCUCUUGAGAGCCAGGUCUGCCUACGGCGGCCUUUCUCAAUAGCAAGGCUAUGCUCACUGAAUCUGUACAUAGUCAAAGCUUUCCUUAAGUUUGGGUCAGUCAUAGUGAUCAGGUAUUCUGCCACUGUGUACUCUCUGUUUAGAGCCAAAUAGCGUUCUAAUUUGUUCCGUUUUUUUGUUAAUUCUUUCCAAUGUGUCAAGUAAUUCUCUUUUUGUUUUCUCAUGAUUUGGUUGGGUCUAAUUGUGUUGUUGUUGUCCUGGGGCUCUGUGGGGUCUGUUUGUGUUCGUGAACAGAGCCCCAGGACCAGCUUACUUAGGGGACUCUUCAAGUUCAUCUCUCUGUAGGUGAUGGCUUUGUUGUAGAAGGUUUUGGAUUCCCUUCCUUUUAAGUGGUUAUAGAAUUUAACGGCUCUUUUCUGGAUUUUGAUAAUUAGCGGGUAUUGGCCUAAUUCUGCUCUGCAUGCAUUAUUUUGUGUUUUUCGUUGUACACAGAGGAUAUUUUUGAGCAGAGUUUCAAUUUGGUGUUUGUCCCAUUUUGUGAAUUCUUGGUUGGUGAGCGGACCCCAGACUUCACAACCAUAAAGGGCAAUGGGUUCUAUAACUGAUUCAAGUAUUUUUAGCCAGAUCCUAAUUGGUAUGUCAAAUUUCAUGUUCCUUUUGAUGGCAUAGAAGGCCCUUCUUGCCUUGUCUCUCAGAUCGUUCACAGCUUUGUGGAAGUAUGUACAGUUUUUUGUGUGCUCUAGGGCAACGGUGUCUAGAUGGAAUUUGUAAUUGUGGUCCUGGCAACUGGACCUUUUUUGGAACACCAUUAUUUUUGUCUUACUGAGAUUUACUGUCAGGGCCCAGGUCUGACAGAAUCUGUGCAGAAGAUCUAGGUGCUGCUGUAGGCCCUCCUUGGUUGGGGACAGAAGCACCAGUUCAUCAGCAAACAGUAGACAUUUGACUUCAGACUGUUCUAGUGCCCUCGCCAAUUCGUUGAUAUAUAUGUUGAAGAGGGUGGGGCUUAAACUGCAUCCCUGUCUCACCCCACGGCCCUGUGGAAAGAAAUGUGUGUGUUUUUUGCCAAUUUUAACCGCAAACUUGUUGUUUGUGUACAUGGAUUUUAUAAUGUUGUAUGUUUUUCCCCCAACACCACUUUCCAUCAAUUUGUAUAGCAGACCCUCAAAAGCUUUUAGAAAUCAACAAAGCAUGAGAAGACUUUGCCUUUGCUUUGGUUUGUUUGUUUGUCAAUUAGGGUGUGCAGGGUGAAUACGUGGUCUGUCGUACGGUAAUUUGGUAAAAAGCCUAUUUGACAUUUGCUCAGUACGUUGUUUUCACUAAGGAAAUUAACUAGUCUGCUGUUAAUGAUAAUGCAGAGGAUUUUCCCAAGUUUGCUGUUGACUCAUAUCCCACGGUAGUUAUUGGGGUCAAAUUUGUCUCCACUUUUGUGGGUUGGGGUGAUCAGUCCUUGGUUCCAAAUAUUGGGGAAGAUGCCAGAGCUAAGGAUGAUGUUAAAGAGUUUAAGUAUAGCCAAUUGGAAUUUGUGUUCUGUAUAUUUUAUCAUUUCAUUGAGGAUACCAUCAACUCCACAGGCCUUUUUGUGUUGGAGGGUUUAUAUUUUGUUCUGUAGUUAAUUCAAUGUAAUUGGAGAAUCCAGUGGGUUCUGGUAGUCUUUAAUAGUUGAUUCUAAGAUUUGCAUUUGAUCAUAUAUAUAUUUUUGCUGUUUGUUCUUUGUUAUAGGGCCAAAAAGAUUGGAGAAGUGGUUUACCCAUACAUCUCAGUUUUGGAUAGAUAGCUCUUGGUGUUGUUGUUUGUUUAGUGUGUUCCAAUUUUCCCAGAAGUGGUUAGAGUCUAUGGAUUCUUCAAUUACAUUGAGCUGAUUUCUCACAUGCUGUUCCUUCUUUUUCUGUAGUGUAUUUCUUUAUUGUUUUAGUGAUUCACCAUACUGAAGGCGUAGGCUCAGGUUUUCUGGGAUCUAUGUUUUUGGUUGGAUAGGUUUCUCAAUUUCUUUCUUAGGUUUUUUCAUUCUUCAUCAGACCAUUUGUCACUGUUGUUACUUUUCUUCGGUUUUCUGUUAGAGCUUUUUAGAUUUGAUAGGGAAGCUGAGAGGUCAAAUAUACUGUUUAGGUUUUCUACUGCCAAGUUUACACCUUCACUAUUACAGUGGAACGUUUUGUCCAGGAAGUUGUCUAAAAGGGAUUGAAUUUGUUGUUGCCUAAUAGUUUUUUGGUAGGUUUCGACACUACUUUCCUUCCAUCUAUAGUAUUUCUUAAUAUUAUUCAGUUACUUUGGCAUUGAUGCCUCAUGAUUGAGUAUUGCUCUGUUCAAGUAGACUGUGAUUUUGCUGUUGUCUGAUAGGGGUGUCAGUGGGCUGGCUGUGAAUGCUCUGAGAGACUCUGGGGUGAGGUCAGUGAUAAAGUAGUCUACUGUACUACUGCCAAGAGAUGAGCUAUAGGUGUACCUACCAUAGGAGUCCCCUCGAAGCCUACCAUUGACUAUGUACAUACCCAGUGUGCGACAGAGCUGCAGGAGUUGUGACCCAUUUUCGUUGGUUAUGUUGUCGUAGUUGUGCCUAGGGGGGCAUAUGGGGGAGGGAAUGCUGUCACCUCCAGGUAGGUGUUUGUCCCCCUGUGUGCUGAGGGUGUCAGGUUCUUGUCCAGUUCUGGCAUUUAGGUCGCCACAGACUAGUACAUGUCCCUGGGUCUGGAAAUGAUUGAUUACCCCCUCCAGGAUGGAGAAGCUGUCUUCAUUAAAGUAUGGGGAUUCUAGUGAGGGGAUAUAGGUAGCACACAGGAGGAUAUUUUUCUCUGUUGAGAUAAUUUCCUUUUGAAUUUCUAGCCAAAUGGGGGGGGGGGGGGUCCCACAGGUCUGGGAGAGCGGCAGGUAGCUUAGUGGGUAAGAGCGUUGUGCCAGUAACCGAAAGGUUGCUGGUUCUAAUCCCCAAGCCGACUAGGUGAAAAAUCUUUCGAUGUGCCCUUAAGCAAGGCACUUAACCCUAAUUGCUCCUGUAAGUCGCUCUGGAUAAGAGCGUCUGCUAAAUGACUAAAAUGUAAAAAUGUAAAGUGUCUUGCUGGUCUGGGCGGGAUGUCUGUUGAUCUGUUGUCUGUUGCGACCUGUGUGAGGUGUUGGGUCUGCAGUUGAGGGUGAUAUCCUUUAGGGUCCGGGCGAAGGUGGGCACUGCUGCCUUGUAUAGGUGGACCUGGUCGUAAAGGCUGUUCAUGUCCAGGGUGGAGUGGUAGGCCAGGUAGACAUUUGGUUUUGAUGCGCGCUGGGUGUUUGGACACCAGAGUUUAGAAACUAUGUGUCUCUCUCUCUCAUUCUCUCUCUUUAACUCUCUCUCUCAUUCCUCUUUUUAUCUCUCUCUUCUCUCUCAUUCUCUCUCUCUCAUUCUCUCUCAUCUCUCUCUCAUUCUCUCUAUCUCUCUCUCGCAUUCUCUCUCAUUCUCUCUCUCUCAUUCUCUCUAUCUCUCGCUCUCAUUCUCUCUCUUUAUCUCUCUCUCUCAUUCUCUCUCUCUCAUUCUCUCUCUCUAAUUCUCUCUCUUUAUCUCUCUCUCAUUCUCUCUCUUUAUCUCUCUCUCUCAUUCUCUCGCAUUCUCUCACUCUCAUUCUCUCUCUUUAUCUCUCUCUCUCAUUCUCUCUUUAUAUCGCUCUCUCAUUCUCUUUCAUACACACACACUCCCCCAUCCCUAACCAUUGUGUCUUGUGUCUUUCCUAGGCUGGGACAAAAGAGUGGACUAUGAGCCAGGCACAGGCAGCAAACAGCUGUUUCCCAAGAUGCAUCUGGAGACGUGUGGAGGGCCUCUCUCCUCAGUGAGGAACCACGGUGGAGCUACAGACCAGCCAUAUUGGGAAGGGCUGCGACCGGGAGACCUACUCUGAGAAGUCCUUGCAGAAACUCUGUGGUACGUACCUCAUGGGAUACAUACACCACAUGACGAAAAGUAUGUGGACACCUGCUCAUCAAAAACCUCAUUCCAAAAUCAUGGACAUUAAUAUGGUGUUGGUCUCCCCUUUUCUGCUAUAACAGCCUCCGCUCUUCUGGGAAGGCUUUCCACUUGAUGUUGGAACAUUGCUGCGGGGACUUGCUUCCAUUCAGCCACAAGAGCAUUAGUGAGGUCAGGCACUGAUGUUGGGCGAUUAGGAUCACAGUCGGCGUUCCAAUUCAUCCCAAAGGUGUUCAAUGGGGUUGAGGUCAGGGCUCUGUGCAGGCCAGUCAAGUUCAGCCACACCGAUCUCGACAAACCAUUUCUAUAUGGACCUCGCUUUGUGCACGGGGGCAUUGUCAUGCUGAAACAGGAAAGGGCAUUCCCCAAACUGUUGCCUCAAAGUUGGAAGCACAGAAUCAUCUAGAAUGUCAUUGUAUGCUGUAGCGUUAAGAUUUCCCUUCACUGGAACUAAGGGGCCUAGCCCGAACCAUGAAAAACAGCCCUAGACCAUUAUUCCUCCUCCACCAAACUUUACAGUUGGUACUAUGCAUUGGGGCAGGUAGCAUUCUCCUGGUGAGGCGUGAUUCAUCACUCCAGAGAACACGUUUCCACUGCUCCAGAGUCCAAUGGUGGCGAGCUUUAUACCACACCAGCCGACGCUUGGCAUUGCGCAUGGUGAUCUUAGGCUUGUGUGCGGCUGCUCUGCCAUGGAAACCCAUUUCAUGAAGCUCCCGACGAACAUUUCUUGUGCUGACGUAGCUUCCAGAGGCAGUUUGGAACUCGGUAGUGAGGGUUGCAACCGAGGACAAACUACGUGCUUCAGCACUCGGCGGUCUCCGACCUGUGAGCUUGUGUGGCCUACAACUUCGCGGCUGAGCCAUUGUUGCUCCUAGACGUUUCCACUUCACAAUAACAGCACUUACAGCUCUAGCAGGGCAGAAAUUUGACGAACUGACUUGUUGGAAAGGUGGCAUCCUAUGACGGUGCCACAUUGAAAGUCACUGAGCUCUUCAGUAAGGCCAUUCUACUGCCAAAGUUUGUCUAUGGAGAUUGCAUGGCUGUGUGCUUGAUUUUAUAUACCUGUCAGCAACAAGUUUGGCUGAAAUAGCCAAAUCCACUAAUUUGAAGGGGUGUCCACAUACUUUUAUAUAUAUAGUAUAGUGUAUUUCUCUAUAAAUGGCCAUAGGUUAGUCGAUGCAUUUCACUUGAUUUACAAUUAGAGAUUUGUUGCAUAACUGAACAGAGCCACUCUAAAAAUCAUCAGACUAUAGAGAACUUAAUAAGAACACCAGUUAAACUCCUCAGACCAGGUCUUCUUCCUCUUGUCUUGUCUGUUGGUAAAGCUGUGUGUUAAAUGAAGGCAGCAGAAUGCAGACUUUAAGCUGUGCUGCUGUCAAUGAUGUGACAGAGCGAGAGUAUUAGCUGCUUGAGCUAGCUGUCUCCUCAGUGAAGAGCCGGUCUACACCUCUGUGGUGGUGGGUGUGGUGGUGGGUGGAAGGAGUCAUCGUCAGACCCUUAUCUGAAUGCAUAACUCCCUCUUCCCUCCCUCCCUCCUUCCCUCCCUCCCUCCCGCUCUCCCUUCCAGUUCCCUCUGUAUGCAUGGUUUACCGCUAAAGAGCCUUUUCAAAGCGUCCCAUAAUCAUUAUCUGAUACCAAAUAGAAUAAAUUGUAAUUGCUUUUUUAAAGCACAAUCAAUUUUAGAUAAUGUACAAAGACAUCUCUAAACAGAAUUCUGGGCAGGGCUCCAAGCAUCUAUUUACUCCCAGAAUCUAGUCACUGCAAGUCAAAACCUCUACACAGCCAUGAAUAGCAGGCGGGGAGAAACAGGGCUUUAAAGACAGGCAGGGAAAAAACAUUCAUUAAUACACUAAUGUCCUGUUAUUAGCAUAAAAUAAACAGAUGCAUGUUUCAAUUGUCUGUCUGGAUGAAGAGAUAUAGCAGAGGGAUGGGUCAUAUUGUAUCAACGUGGUUUAUUUGGAGCCUUGCUGUGUUUUGGAAAUACUACCGUCACCAUGUAAUAGCUGUGUUAUAAACCAUUUAUAAAUGUGUUAUGCAUGUGUAAUAAGGCAUUACAUAAGACCUUCACUAUUAUAGUGGGAGUGAGGGCACAAAAGUCAAUUGAGCUGUAUGUUAGUCAGGCAGUUACGGCGAGGAGCAACAAGGAGAAAAGGGAAAAAGAAUUCAGAUAAUAGGAGAGAAGAUGAGUGGCUUUGAAAAACAGACACACACCACACAUGCGAGAUAGAUAGGAGAGGGAGGGUAUGAGAGGGGGUAGGAAGGCAGAAUAUCACGAGAUAAUGCGGUGAAAGGACCAAUUGGUUAUGCUGGAGUGGGCUUUGAAAACACAGACACACACACACACACAGAGCGAGAGAGAGAGAGAGAGAGAGGAGAGGGGGGAAGGGGAGAAUGAGGGAGGGGGAGAAAGGGAAAGAGGAUACAUUGAUUUAAUGGGUGUUCUGACGGAUCGGUUUUUAUUUUCCUGUGAAAGGAUCACAUAAUAGUCUCUCCUUCGCUGUAACAGCCUGUCUGAUUGGCUGUGUGGGGAAUUAUAAGUUAUAAACACAGAAAAUGACAUGAAUUCAAGCCAUCCCUUCUUUCUUUGCGUUACCAUGGUGUUCUGUAGGUUUUUUAGUAUCCAUGGAGGUAGAUAAAGCAGUAUAUACUGUAUGCAUGGCAUGGCCAUUUCUUAUGAUGACUUUCAUCCACUCCUACCUCUGAAAGUCUGUUUCAUUUGUCACAAAUCAAUACUCACAUCCACUAUCAAUCUCUGAACAUCGAUUUAUACAUUAAGCCUGGCCGUCUGGCUUAUUCAUAAGUGAUCAUAGCCAAGGUCAGUCUGAACCAUCUGUAUAUCUGUGUUGAUUUAUAUUUCUUUGUUGUUGUGCAAUUACCCAGGGGCCUCGUCGGGCAGCACAGACCUUCUCCCCGCCCCCAGCUCCUCCACCAAUUGGACGGCGUCCCUGGUGACGGACAGUGGGCGGGACAGCGACCUCAUCUUCCGGUUUGACGGGGGGCAAGCGGCGAAUAUUCCGGACCAGGUGGUACCACAGAUCCUGACUGAUCAGUUCACCAUCGCCACGUGGAUGAAGCAUGGACCCAAUCCUGGACUGAGGGCGGAGAAAGAGACCCUGCUCUGCAACUCUGAUAAAACAGGUGAGAAGAGGGGAGGCAAGGUAGGAGGGAAGAGAGGGGUGUGGCUGGGAGAGAAGUAGAGUGUGAAGGGCUGUGUGGAUAGGGGUGGGAACAUUGAAUGGGUAUGUUCUAAUGGUGAUAGGUGUGGUCUAUCGAUAAGGGGCGUGGUCUAUUGACAAGAAUAGGUUAAUCUUCACUUAAGAGAAGGGGUCUUAAUUGAAAGGUUGUGGUGAUUUUAGGGAAGGUGUGUUACCUUUACGCACUCUUCUCUUUCCUCGUCCCCUCUCCAGAGAUGAACAGACACCACUACUCCCUUUACGUCCAUAACUGUCGUCUGGUCUUCCUGCUCCGGAGAGACUUCACCCAGGUGGACACCUUCAGACCUGCAGAGUUCCACUGGAAACUGGAGCAGGUAGGCUACACAGUAAAGAUAUUAAUUUGUAAUGUACUAUACCACUAA